AAUCAGCUUACACAUGCUUCCGCGGACUACUUUUCCCGUGAGCCUUUGCGCGCCGAGCAGGAAGGAGCUCACACUGAUCCCAGCCGCGGCCCGUCAUGUAGCUUCUGCGGACGCAUUCUUUGCGCUGCAUUUGCAGAAUUACGCGAUUCCCGUUGCUGGGGGGGCGCGCGUGCACCGACCCGCGCGCUCCGGACGCAGGAAGCCUGCGCGUGCAUGAAGAAUCGAGGCUCGUCCAUUUGUUUGGCGCAUCUUUUGUUUGCAAAGCUCGAGCCUGCUCCGCGGCGAUGGAGGGAGGGAGCGAGAGGGAAGGCAAAGUCUCCUGUGCAGCCCCCCCCCACCCGAGCAAAGGGGAAAUGUCUCAGCCGAAUCGAGGUAAGAGGAAGCUGAAGCUCCCCAAGGAGGUGUUUGAGCAGCCCCCCCCCGCCGCAGUACCCCCCAGGGAUUUGGAUUCUAAAGCCUGUGUGACCAUCGGAGAAAAGAACUUCGAGGUGAAGGCCGAUGACCUGGAGCAGAUCUGCGAGCUGGGCCGAGGAGCGUACGGCGUGGUGGACAAGAUGAGGCACGUGCCCAGCGGCCUCAUCAUGGCCGUCAAGCGGAUCAGGGCCACCGUGAACACUCAGGAGCAGAAGAGGCUGCUCAUGGACCUGGACAUCUCCAUGAGGACGGUGGACUGCUUCUACACGGUCACCUUCUACGGAGCGCUCUUCAGAGAGGGCGACGUGUGGAUCUGCAUGGAGCUGAUGGACACUUCCCUCGACAAGUUCUACAAGCAGGUGAUCGAGAAGAGCACGAGCAUCCCCGAGGACAUCCUGGGGAAGAUCGCCGUCUCGAUAGUAAAAGCUCUGGAGCACCUGCACAGCAACCUGCAAGUCAUCCACCGAGACGUGAAGCCGUCCAACGUGCUGAUCAACACGCAGGGUCAGGUGAAGAUGUGCGACUUCGGCAUCAGCGGCUACCUGGUCGACUCCGUGGCCAAAACCAUGGACGCCGGCUGCAAACCCUACAUGGCGCCGGAGAGGAUCAACCCCGAGACGAACCAGAAGGGCUACAGCGUCAAGUCGGACAUCUGGAGUUUAGGGAUCACGAUGAUCGAGCUGGCCAUCCUGCGCUUCCCGUACGACUCGUGGGGGACGCCGUUCCAGCAGCUGAAGCAGGUGGUGGAGGAACCGUCGCCACAACUUCCCGCCGAGCAGUUCUCCCCCGAGUUCGUGGACUUCUCCUCUCUGUGCUUAAAGAAAGUUUCCAAAGAGCGGCCGACGUACACGGAACUCAUGCAUCAUCCCUUCUUCAGCUGCCACGAGGCCAAAGAGACGGACGUGGCGAGCUUCGUGAAGGUCAUCUUAAGGGCCUGAGUCGAGAAGCACCAAUCGCAGCCCCCCCCCCCCAACGUGUAGGGUGGGGGGGGGUCCUUGAAGCUCCGCUCUGGCCCCACGUUUCCCGCCUUUUACUCCAUCGAUGUCGACUGUCUGGACUCCAGGUCGUCGUGGUCAAACUCCGGGUUUUCUUUUCUUUUUUUUCUUUUGGCUGAAAAAAGCCACAGAGAAAAGAUGCAGAUUAUAAAUAUAUAUAAAUAUAUAUAUAUAUUAUCAAAAUGGUUGUAUUCUCAAAGUGUUGCAUUAGCUUAAUUGUUGACUGCAUGUCCAGAAUUUAUCUCUCAGAACCGCACUUCAACUGCUUAGUGUGUGUGUGUGUGUGUGUGUGUGUGUGUGUGUGUGUGUGUGUGUGUGUGUGUGUGUGUGUGUGUGUGUGUACGCAGGGCUUUGUGUUUUUCGGGCGCACACAUUGAUUUCGUUGAUUCUGACUUGAUGAAUCCACCAAACGGGGUUCAGGAGCCCAGUUUACUGUCGGUUGUCAUGGUAACCGUGGUACUUUUUCUCCUGUUUCAGCCGGGUGGAUUUGCAUGAGAUGCUGUUCAUUUGAGUGAUAACAGUUGUGUUCAGAAGCGCAUUUGUCACUAAUCAUGAAACUCAAGUCCCCAUAAAGCCCUGUGGGAUUGUGGGUAGGAAACCGGAUCCUUCCACGAUCCGUCUCGUGUUUUACUCCUUGUGUUAAUCUGCAACUGCAAAUACACAAGUGCAGCUAGACUGCACAGGUAGGGGGGGGGGGGGGGGGGGGGUGAAAUAGAGUGAGUGCGUGUGUCCCCCUUGUGGGAGAAGACCCCCCUUCUUCUAGUCUCUCCUGAGCGAAUCAACGUUCUCCACUGCGUGUUCCACAUGAGAAGAACUGGAUGUUGUUACUAUUAUUGUUAUUAAUAUUCUAUUACUCGUUGUAUUUAUUACUGCUGUUCCUCUCUGACGUGUCAGCGCUUCGACUAACUCCUGUGCCUCUCAGUACAAGCCAAGUGAUGACAUCACAACAGCCCCCCCCCUUCAACCCCACUCUGCAUCGCAAUCCCACUUCCUGUUUGUGUUUCUCCGUGUGGGCGGAGCUUAGCUAUGGGGCACUGACAUCACACCUGUAUAAACGACACUGUCCCCUCCGCAUGACGCCGUGAUGACAUCAUCGCACACUUUAAACCCUUUAAAGGUGAAAUGUAGCCAUCGAGUUUCACUUUUUCUUAUGGAAUCUCCUGGUUGUAAAAGGUGACUUGGGUCAGAGUUUGGGUCAGUGGUGACCUUUCACCCCCAUGUAAAGUAAACUAUUACAGCCUGAAGGGAGAAGCAUCAUCAUUCAGUGAUAUCGUAUGAUACUACAACGUGAACUCCUGGUUUCAGGGGGCCCUUCGCGGUCUUCAUCAUCCUCCCAGAGCUGCACCUUGACCCCCCCCCGACACCCCCUCGCUGCUAACAGCUGACUCGCAUUCACUUUCUAACCCGCUGCACACCUGCAUGAGGAGCUCUUUAGUCCGUGUGGCACUUCCUGUCUGCGAGGCCAUUUGUGUCUCGUGUUGACCUGCCGAGUGACUCCUCUGAUACUUGGGGGGGGCAUUGUUACAUCCCUUAAGGAGACGUGUUGCUGGCGUGAUUAAUAGCGACGAUGUCUUUUUUUUCUUCACCGCCGGCCCGAGCGUCCUGGAGGUCGAGUCCCCGGCCGUGACCUUUGAACCCGCGUAGCUUUGUGUGUCUGUGUGUGUUGCAGGUGGUGAACUGCUGGUGUUUGUUUUUGUUCUGAAUGAGACCCCCCCCCCCCCCCCCCGAUACCAUGGCUACAGCUCCUCAGAGUUCCUCUCUAAAGACUGAUGACUGUUCAUUUAGAGCUAAAUGGAUUUCUAUGAAUAUUUUAAGUCGCUCUGUGCAGCUGUAACGAUUCAAUAAAGAAAAGAGGUAUUUUUACA